AUGAGCAACUCGAUAGAGGACCACAUCCUCAAGCGCUUUAAGAUCCUCAACAAACUUGGAAAGGGUGCCUAUGGCAUUGUUUGGAAAGCAAUUGAUAAAACCACUGGCGAAACUGUUGCCCUUAAAAAAAUUUUCGAUGCUUUCCGCAAUUCUACAGACUCCCAGCGUACAUACAGAGAAAUUAUGUUCCUCACCGAACUCCGAGGGAGGCCUGGAAUAAUAGGUUUGAAAUGUGUGCUACCAGCGUACAAUAAUAAGGAUGUUUAUUUGGUGUUUGAGCACAUGGAAACGGAUUUACACACGGUGAUUCGGUCUGAUAUUCUCCAAGAUGUACAUAAACGAUACAUUACCUUCCAGCUUUUGCAAAUCCUGCACAUGAUACACUCAGGCGAUCUUCUUCACCGGGAUUUAAAACCAUCCAACAUCUUGCUGAAUUCUGAUUGUUCGAUCAAGCUAGCAGAUUUUGGGCUUGCUCGAAGUUUAAAGACUUUUAACGACAAAUCGCCAUUGCUAACGGACUAUGUUGCCACUAGAUGGUACCGGGCGCCAGAAAUUUUGAUAGGCAGCAACAAGUAUACAAAGGCAGUUGAUAUGUGGGCUGUUGGCUGCAUAGUUGCUGAGCUAUUAUGUGGAAAGCCUUUAUUCCCUGGAUCAUCUACAAUGAAUCAGAUAUGCAAAGUGCUUGCGUUUACUGGCAUUCCUAGUGAUGAGGAUAUCAAAUCACUCGACUCUCAAUUCUCAAGCAUGAUGUUCGCCAACGUUAAGCAUAUAAAGAAGAUGGAAUUUGAACAUUUUUUUACCAAACAAGUACCUCAGAAUGCAAAAGAUUUGAUAUACAAAUUGCUGGAAUUUAACCCAGAGAAACGAAUAGGCACGUUGGAUGCCCUUAACCACCCUUACGUUGUCUCGUUUAACAUGGGUAAAUACAAACUAACUACACUACCAGGGCCUGUACAUAUACCCACUAAUGAUAACAUCAAAUAUAGUGUGGAUAAUUAUAGGAAUUUAGUAAAGGAGUAUAUCAAUUCUCAAAAUUUCCUCAUCGCAGAUACACAUGAGGAUGGUCCGACCAAGUCGCACCUGUUCAAUAAAUUCAGGAAAUCUUACUCCAUUUUGCAAAAGGGCUGCGUCGGGAAAAAGAAGAAUGUCGAUGAAUUUUCCUCCUCCAACAGCUCUUCACCUGACUCUAAUCAACAAUACAUGACAUCUCAGCAAACGAUUACUAGCAAUGCCUUUAGCAGUGACACCGAUGCUAAUGCCACUGCUAAUAUAAACGAAAAACGCGAUUCUACGAGACUGGUUGCUGCGGGUACGUCGAAUGAGGAGAAUAAUUAUGAUACUUCAGAAUACUCGGAACUUUUCGUUUCAGGCGAUUCCCCUACCCGACUAAAAUCUAAACAAAAUUUGAGUGACUCUGUCAACGUUUCAAGUGAUUCAAAUUACCAUAAUAGCAAAAAUAUGAGCCCUACAGAAACCACUCAAGAUAUUUUUGCUAGGUUCAAGUUGCAUGGUGUAAAUCCUAACCAGGUGAAGGGGCUGAAGAGGUCUCAAGAUAAGGUGACGUGCACUAGUGUAAUUGCUAAUAGUAACUACUCGGAACUGGAUGACAAAAACGUCAAUUUGAAUAGCAAUUACUCACUGAGUGGUACCUCUAGCGACAGCAAUGCGGGUGCUAUAAGCAACAUGAUAUGUGUCAACGGCAAAUACUACGUCAAACACCACCCCCUACAAUAUAACCAGACAAGAAUUUGA